AAUUUUAAUUAAUUAUGAUUAAUCCAGACCUAGCCUAAGAUUAUAGCUUUAUAUUUUAAUAUGUUUUUUUUAUCCAAUCAUAUUUUAGCCUCGUAUGUUGCCAGGUUAAAAUAAAUCUGCCCUUCAGAAUCAGUAGUGUUGGCACUGGGAGAAUAAAACGAACGGCAACAAGAUUAUUAGACCAAUCAGAUUCGGUGUUGGCAUCACACUGCCAUGUCAAAGCCUUCUAGUUGGCCCACAGUUACGUUAGCGGUUUGAGUGAUUUGAUUGGAUGCUCAAAGAACACACUUUUGAAUUUAGCAAACUGCAGCUAGCGACUUACACGCUCGAAAACUGUUCUGUGCGUCCACUGUUCCACCAUGAGCGGACAUUCUCAGAAUUAAGCGAAUUAAAACUUGUCAUAAAUCCGACAGGACAGUUUUGACGUUUAACGUUAGAAGGAAUGUCGACAGAAAAUGACUAGUUUCUGUCUAGAAGUAAAACACACGGCUAAUCUGUACAACGAGUCAUUGGACUCAUCUUAAGGAAAGAGGAGGCGGGAUUUGUUUUGUACAACUCAUCAGGUUUGGAGGCAUCUGGUCUCAUGAGAAAUGGAUGCAACUCAGGCGAUCAGUGAUUCAGUCUUGAAAUCAGAUGAAUCUGAAAAUGAAGAGGAGGAGGAGGAUGACAACAGGUGUCGACCAGUUGCUAAACUGUGCAUCUUACGAAACGAACACAUCCCGGAAACAGAGCUUCACCUGUUUGUGGGAGAUAAUGUGUUGGGUCGAGACCCCAGCUCCUGCACCCUCCCUGUGCCGGCACCCUCGAUAUCCAAGAAGCAUGUAACCAUUAGCAUCUCCGUCUACAGCAGAAGAGGUCGUCGCAGCGGAGUGGACUUGGAGGCUUUAGUCUGGGAUCUAGGGAGCAUGAAUGGAACCCGCAAAGGUCGCUUAAAAUUGACCCCAAAUGUACGCUAUGCCCUCAGUGAUGGCGACAGUUUGGUGUUGGCAGACAUACCGUGUCAGUUUGUCAGUGUAAACGCUGUCUGUUUGGAGAAGGUCACAAAGACUCCUGUGUGCAAAAGUUUUCGGAUAAAAGAGAGCGUGCCAGAUUCAUCGGGGGAGAAUGUGGGUGACCUAAAUGACUGUGAGGAGUUGGUGAACGGAGACACAAAAGCUAGAACAUCUACAACAAAGACCGCUGUCCAAAUGAAUUGUCUGUCUGUGGAGCAAACGCCGACUCAGCCAGAGGAGAUCCUGGUCCCAGAAUCUGACGUGGACUCAGAUGGGGAAAAAGACGGAGACAAAGUUCUCGUGUUUGACUCUGACUCACACAAAUCCAGUCCAGCUUGCUCUACAUUCCUGAGUCCGGCAAACAAAACUGUCCCUGAGAGUGAGGUCGAAAGUCCCAUGACCCCAUCGUCCUCCUCCUCCUCUAAAAAUAGACUGUACAGACGUGUCAACUUCAGCGAAGAGAAGGCAGAAGUAAAUGUGGCCAGACAGCCCUUAAAGGGAAAAAAGACAUUUGCCAUUGUGGAUGACAGUGAAGAGGAGGAGGAGGAGCAGGAGGAGGAGAAGGAGGAGGAGAAGGAGAGGGGAGGGGCGACACCAGAAGUGAUGGAGACAAAGAAAAAUGACCAAAACGUGCCAGUGACAUCAGAACCAGCCGUCAGUGUCUUAGGACAAAAUAAACUCUCUGUGUCUAUGACAUCAGUCUGCACCGAUGUGGAAGAAGAGGAGGAAGGGGAGGGGGCCAGGUCCAGUGGUCCUGAGUCCUCAAACACAAAUCAAAUCACCAAGAAACUGAAAAUAGAUGAUUUUCAUUUAGACAGUGACACUGAUGUUGAUGAAGAUGAAAACUCUGAGACGACGACGACGGCUGCUGCAGAUGAAACCAAACCUCCUGCUGUGGACUCAGGUUCACCGUCCAAGGAAGUCACUGUGGAGAGUGACACUGACGUGGAAGACCAUGUUGAUGCUGCUGCUGCUGAUGCUGAUGCUGAUGCUCCUGCUCCUCCAGCAGAUGUUAAAGACCUUCACAUGGACAGUGACACUGACGUUGAAGAGGAGGACGGAGACUCUGCACCAAACCGGUCGAACUCAACGCUGGAUGAAACCCCGUCUAGAUUGGAAGUAAAUCCCAAUCAGGACGACUCUGCCGCUGCCCCUCAUCACGGCCUCCAUCUUGAAAGCGACACAGAUGACGAGGAGAUGCCCACUCCUGAUCUCACUGAACCUCCCGUGGUUUCGGCCAAAGAAUUAUCCACCGCUGCGUCAGUUGGCCCGGAUAUUUUGUCCGACAGCGACACAGACGUUGAAGAUGAUUCUGCCGAGGUUGGACCUCCUGCUGCCACCGUCUCCACGGCCGUCGGGGCAGGAGCUGCUGGAACAGGCACCGCAGUGGACGGAUCCAACAACCGCCCGGUCGAGGAGAGUUCGAAGCCCCCUGACCUGAGUGUGAACAGUGAUGGUGACACAGACGUGGAGGAGGAGGAGGAGGAGGAGACUGAGGAGGGGCAGAUGCCUGAGCUGUGCAGAGAGAACACAUGUCAGAUGUUGGUUCCACUGCCACAGAACUGUUCUACUCCUGUACAGCUGUCAGAAAGAAAAGUGGAAGAGCUGGAGACCCAGCCGUUCCUUUGUCCUUCUGUUCCAUUCAGUGGUGCAGGAGGCCCUGAUGACUCGUCCUCCAGCUCAGAGAAAGAGGAGGAAGAAAACGUUGCCGAGGCCAGUACCCAGGCCUUCAUUCUCCAAAGUCAAAACUGCCAAAGCAACUCUGCAGAGAAACAAGCCGUAGAUGCCGCUACUGAGUCACCUGGUGAUGAAAACGAUCCACAUUCCAGCCGAGGAGGAUCGUUUCAGCUGGGACUGUCUGACAGCAGCCACCUCCAGGCCCAGGCUCCGGACCAGGACACGGAGGAAACCCAGGCCUUUAUCCCUGUGGGAACCAGUGUGUUUUGGGAUCAGACCCAAGAAUAUGCAGCUGAUCCACAUCUGGAGGCUACACGGGCCAACGAGGAGGCUGAGGACUCGCCCAGAUGUUCAGUCACGUCUGAGAAAGAAUCUCAGCAAAGUCUGGAGUUAGAGACCACGCAGGCGUACGAAUCAAAAAGCUCUUCUGAUCCUCAGCAUGAAACAGACGAGCAGCAGGAAAAACACAGGAUUGAAACGGCUGAGACUCAGCUGAUUGAAACCCGACCGGUGUCUGACAGUGAGGAGACCGACCAGCCAGAGGGGGCUCCACCUCAGCAGAGGUCAGUUGGUGAAGUCUUCCUCAUGGCUGAAACUCAGCCCAUGAAAACUAGUGAUGACGAAGAUUUCUUUCAAGUUCCACAAAAAAUAAAAUCAAAGCGUCUUCAACCUGUCACAGGCUCAGGUUUCUCCAUCGCUGAAACCCAACCGAUGGCUGCAAGUGAAAAUGAUGACAGCGACGAUGACGCUGCUUCUCCAGGAAAUCAUCUGAGUAAUGACUGCGAAGAAGAAGAGAGUGACGAAAGCCAGUCGUUUCUCCUACCACGAAAAAGGAAAGCGAAACAACUGCACCUUCAGGAGGAGGAGAGCCAAACGCUCCGAAACUCUGAGACCUCUGCUGGUGAAACUCAGUCAGUACAACCCGUUCAAACUGAACUUGGCCAGGAAGGAGAAUCUCCUCCAGAAAGCCGAGCAAAAGCAGCGACACGUGAGGCAGAGACACAGAUCAUCUGUAGUUCUGAAGUGUUUCCUGCAGCAGCUCAGCCUCACGUUGACAGCGAGACCAAGGAUGAAGACGAUUUGAUGAUAGGGCAACGUAAGAGAAAGACAAAAGCACUGCAGCCAGAGGAUGAGGAGACACAGCCUCUCAGUGUGGACGUCCAGCCCAAGGUCAAGGGUGAGGACACAGAGAGUGAGGAAUCAGUGUCAGGUCAAAGGAAAACUAAGGCAAAGGUGAAGCAACCUGAAGAAGAGGAGGAGGAGGAAGUACAACAACCUCUGGCAGUCGCUGAGGCUGUCGAACAACCUGAGAGACAGAGGAGGAAACAGUCGGAGGCUGCAACACGUCAAGUCAGUGCCAGAAAUAAAAGAGGGACGAGAUCAAAAGAGGACAAGGACCAAGUGGAGUGUCUUCCAAAAAGACAGACAAGAGGGAGAAAUAAAAGUCUGUCUGAGACGAGGAGAGAAAGAUCCCCGGCAGAGGAGGAGCAGAGCCAAGGGAGCGAGGGACUGAGGGGGAGAAAGGAGUGCAGCGGUAUAAAUGGAAAACAAGAAGGAGACGAAGAAACAGACAAGAGAGAAAGUGAUGAAAAAGAUGAGGAACAAAGAGAAACAUGUGGACAGAACAUUAGGGAAGAAGAACAGAUUGAAAUACAGAAACAAUUACAAACUGAAAAUAGUGACAAGGAGGAACAAGCUGAGAGACUGGAACUGGACACACACGAUCAGGUCCAGGUCGAGAGGGGAACGAAGGUGAGGGAUAGAAUGGAGACAUUAGAAGCUCCACUCCCAGAACACGAGGAGGAGGAAAGAAAAGAUCAGGAAGAGGAAAAUCAACACCAGGAAAAGCCUGAAGAAACAGGAGAACCAGAGAAGAACAACCGAACCAACAAGGUUCCAGCCAGAGGUCGGAAAACUGGACGAGGAAGAAAUGAUGAGCAGAUUCUGGUAGAACAGAACUCGGGUCCGAAAAGUGAUGACGGCCCAGCGAGGAGAACCAGGUCCCGCUCCAACUCCUCCAACUCCAUCAGCUCUGAGAGAUCGGCCUCUAGUGUCGGUGUUCAGGACAACAGGGGCCGGGGCCGAGGCAGAGGAGCCAAACCAAAGAGCCAGCCUCCUCAGACGCCUGGUGGAAGGAACGUGAACUGCAGGAGAACCAGGCGGGACAGCAGGGCAGAUGAUGCUCCCCCACAGGAAGUCUUCUCAAGAUCCAACUCCUCCAAUUCCCUCAACUCGGACAUUUCCAGCAGCAGCGUGAGCUCGGUGAGGCAGCGAGAACGAACCCGCAGAACCGAGGUUCCUGUCGGCACUCAGCGAAGUUCGAUUUCAGCUCCCAGAGCUGCUGCUGGAGGCCGGAGGGGCAGGAACACGGAGGGGGCUGCAAACGUCACAGAGGAGAAGGUUGAACCGCUGCAGAGUCGUACCACCAGGGGGCAGCGACGAGCAACAGCAUCAUCUUCUGAAGUAGCUGCUCCGGGUGAGGACAACCAAUCCAUUCAGGAGGAAAGUCUUGUCAGUGAGGAACCGCACCAGUCCAAGAGGAAGGUCAGGGGUCAAGUGGAGAAAUCCAUCAGUGAUGUCAGAGCGGUGACAUCACCACAUCAUUCUUCAGUCAGUGAUGCUGAUGAGACCAAAGGAGACACCAGGAGAGGAAGGAAGAGGGAGCUGCAGGCCACGGUGGAAGAAGGUUCCUGCAGCGGUGCCAAAGUCGUUAAAGUGGAAAACCAACGUCCGCCAACACAGGAGGAGAGUAAAGAUGAGGCAGUGGUCCACACCAGGAGACGGGGAAGAACUUCUACGGCCCAACCCAAGAAGACUGCUGUAGAAGAAAAAGUCAAGGAGGAGGAAGUGGAGAAGGUCGUCCAACGGAGAGGCAGAGGUCGGUCUACGGCCGUCUACAACAGCAGGAAGGAGGAAGAGGAGGUGGAGGAGGAGGAGGAGGAGGAGAUGGUGGUGGUUCCCCCUGCAGUUGACCAGGACGGAGACAUGGAGCAGGCCGUGACCAGAACUUUUACCCGUAAGCGACCGUCUUCUGUGAACUCCACUCCUGUGGCCAAGACUCGUCGCGCCUCCUCCUCCUCCUCCUCCUUCUCCUCCUCGUCCCCUGCGGCUGCUGGUGGCCGAGUCCGAGCUGCGAGCCAGGACUUUAGAGUGCUGUUCACGGGGCUGGUGGACGAGGCUGGGGAGAAGGUGCUGGUCCGUCUUGGAGGCAGCAUGGCUAAAGGUAUCGCCGACAUGAACAUCCUGGUGACUGAUAAGGUCAGGAGAACGGUCAAGUUCCUGUGUGCCAUGGCCAAAGGAGUACCGAUCGUCACCACCCGGUGGUUGGAGAUGAGUGGUAGAGCUGGGAGCUUCAUCUCCACCGACACUUUCCUGGUGAAGGAUCCAGAGCAGGAGAAGAAAUUCAGCUUCUGCCUCCAGGAGUCUCUGAGGAGGUCACAGGGUCAGCCUCUCUUACAGGGAUAUGAAGUCCAUGUUACCAAGUCAGUCAAGCCUGAGCCGGUUCACAUGAAGGACAUCAUCUCCUGCAGCGGAGGAACCUUUUUACCCAGGAUGCCCUGCUCUCACAAGCCCCAGACCGUAGUGGUUUCCUGUGAGGCGGACUGGGCGCUGUGCGGCCCGGCCGUCGCCGCUUCGCUCCCCGUCGUCUCUGUGGAGUUCAUUCUCACCGGAAUCCUUCAGCAGAAAGUUGACCUGCAGUCACACGCUCUCACCGUGGCCCAGCCUCGACCUGCAGCUGGGAGAGGCCGCGCCAGGAGGAAGGUGUAGCUCUGACGCCGACGCUGACGCUGAGCGGCACACGGCCGGCGCUGCUGCCACUUCCUGUACGUAUGGGCAGAAAUGUGCCGACGUCAGAGACCAGUGUAAAAACACACUGGUGACCGUGACGCUCCAGUGAGAGGAGGACGGAGUUAAUUUGACAGAAGCUAAAAGAACACGAAUGAUCAGAGUUUCUUUUUUACCUGGUGGGAACAACAGAGGAUUUCCUUUCAAAUAUUUAAAAAAAAAACAAAAAAAAACCUUUAUGUAGUUUUUUAGCCCAGAUGUGGUUUUUACAUCUUUGUUGACUUGACUGUACCAGAACAUCAGGACACAAAUCUCCACAGUGGUUUGGUGAAAUCAAAACAAUCCCUUGAUGUCGUCGUUUAAAUCACAGAUCUGUGGGUUUUAAUAAGAAUCAGUGACGUUCUUGGUCGUCAGUUCCAGGACUUAGGGAUAAGGUUCGAGUCCCAUUUGUGUGUUGACAGACAGAUCCAGCUGUAGGUGGUGAUGUGACUCAGACCUGGGCUGACGGUUGAACCGUUCACUGGUCUCCUGGAUCAGAGCUGAGUGGAGUCAAGUCCACAGGUUCUCUGCUCACAGUGUGGAUGGUAGUUUAAAAAAAACAACAAAAAAACAACUACAGCAUCAUAGUAAUAAAGAACUGGUCCCCGUUCCUCCAGCUGCACGCCCCCCCUCAUCCCCCUCCAUCGUGUUGUUAACACCAACAACAAUAAUUACCACUUGUGAACUCUGCUGGUGCUGGUGUUCCUGCUCCGUCAGCCUGUCUGGCAGGUGACCAGCUGAUAAAUCACGCCUGGAACUGAUGGUGUUUUCAAACAUCCAUCAGCGCCGGCGGCCGGGAUGUUUCAGAUGUUUCUCUUUUUCCUCUCAUGAGGAUGAGACGACGCUGCCUUUUUUUUUUUCUUUUUUUUUUUUUUUUCAUACCGAGGAGCUAAAGGAGCUAACAGUGUAUCUGCUGUUCCUGUGUCUCCAUUAACCACCACUAACUCCUCCAUUAAGGCUGCAGUCAAUCCACCGACCUCCAGGGAGCGACACGUGAUGUAGGUACCUGAUGCUGCUGCUGCUGCUGCUGCUGCUGCUUCUGCUGCUCCAUCAAUUUCUUAUGAUGUUUGUUUCCACCAUGUAUUUAUUGACUUUUUAGCGCGGGGCCUUCAGUGUAAAGUGAUCUGCCACAGCAUGAGAACUGGUACCUGGUUGUUAGACCCUGGUACUUCCUGUUCCCUCAGAAAUACAAACAAUUCAAAUGUUGAUCAUGACACAAUGAAACAUUAAAUCAUGGGACAAAAAUAAAAUAAAGUUCU